UUAGUAUUACAUUUAUACAAGUUGUAAUUUUUAAUCUUGUUCUAAACUAACUAAAUAACCACGAAACUCUUUAUCAGUGUUGGGUUUCAGCAAAAUAAAUAGCCAGAGGUCAACUCCGUGUGUUAGAGCUAUGCCAUACAUCAGUUCAGAUGGCCAGGUUGGCAAGAGGCCCUUCAGUCUCUAUGGCAUCUUUUGGGCCAUCAUCAACUUCUUUUAUCUGUUCUACAUGACGCUAAUCAAUGCAGACCACAACAAGCAUGGGGAGAAGUACACGCGCGAGUACAGGAGUCCGGGCAGCGGGCCUCCACGCCCGCCGUCCCGUCGUUUCGGGGGCUUCAACUCCGGUUCGGGGCCCGCGCCACCACCAGCCGGGGGCUGCGGCUGCGGCUAGCGGAGCCUUAACACCAACCGAUACAUGCUUAACGACUUGACGCCUACUUGUAACUGCAACCUUAGUCAUAUGAAAUAUUCCGGAGUCAAAGUACCAUGCUUUAGCAAUGAAGAGACACAUAUUGAGUUUAUACCUACAUCUAACAUUCUUAGCUAUCAAUACAUAAUAGAUCAACCUGCUAAAUCUCAUAUACAAAAACUGAUUUUUGACGAUA